AUGCCUCCCAAGCGACGGCGCCAUGGCACACGAUCACACUCCCAGUCCCAGUCCCAGUCGCAAGUGGAUUCACAGGUCGACUCGCUCGCCUCGCUGCCCUCGAACCGGGGCGCGUCCAUCGCCGUCGCCGGUCCCGGGCCGAUCUCGGCAGAACAUCUCCAGUGGGGCGCGGCGGAGGCCCUCACAGCCCUCGCGGACUGUAACCACCUAGACCGGGAUUUGGAGAGCCUGAUUCCAAUCCCGCGCCGCACCUUUGGUCACCCCCCAGUGAGGGACAAGGGCAAGGCGAAAGAGGGCAUCUACUGGCGCACAGCCACGCUCGCGUUUGCGUGUACUUGCAAUCUGCAACGCUACCCGCGCGCGUGGGUCUCGCGUCCCCCGGAAUUGGCGCUGGGCAGCGGCCGGCUCGAGUUCCCCGCAUGGUCCACUGACGUCUUUGACGAUCCGGAUCCAGAGCAGGACGACCUGGCCCCGUUUGACGAGUUGUGGCGCGCCCCUCCGCCUCCCCCUCUCCCUCUGCCCCGGCCUCGACCUCUACCGCCGGCACCGCCAGUCCUCCCGGCGCAUUUCCGGAUACUUUCCCGCCUCUCCUCCCCCUCUUCUCCGGCUGAGCGCUCCUCCUCCCUUCCGGCAGCGACACAGCGAGCCGUCCCCGACCACUCGGCACGGCGGGAAUGGUGGCGCGCCACAAUAGCGAACGACGCUCGCUUCGGCCUGAUAGACUCCGUCCUGAAGGCGGAAUAUGCCACGCCCUUCGUCCCCUCCGCGCCUCGGACGGAGGACGAGUGGAAGCUCCCCAAGCGCCUGGACCAGCAACGACACCCCUUCCACCCCGCCCUGCACACAUACCUGCGCCGAUCGGGAGCGAGGGUGUACUGGGUUAUUCCCGUCCAUGGCCCCGUCAUCAUCCCGGGGUGGGGCGACCCGAUCGCCGGGAGUAGGACGCCAUUCACGUCUCGCGGCGAGAUGGACGAGACCCUGCCCGUGGGGAGGGGGGAGGACAAGGCGCGCCCCCUCCUCUGGACACCCGCAAUACUCGGCCGCUUCGUGGCCGCUUUGGUCCAGCUGCAGCAUGAGGGCCGGUAUGGCCGGCUCCGUCUCGCUCCCUCGGGCCCCAAGCCUGAUCCCUUCUUGACAAGCAGUGCCAGUGUGCCGAGCUCUCACAGCUAUGUGCCGAAAGGACGAAAGAAGCGGCCAAAAUCCUCCGACGACGACGAUACCGAGCUCCUCUUCACGCCAGAGAAUGUGUCGCCCGCUGGCGUCGAGUGUGGUGACCAUCUCCGCGUCUAUGUCGACGCGCACAAGGCGCUCUCGUUCCGCACCUGGCUCAAUUACUGGGACGAGGGCCGGUUCGCAAAGUGUCGCUUUGCGCUCGUUGCGCCGACGGGCGAGUGUCUCAUUGUAGCAUAG